AUGGAGGCUGAGUCGGUAGGAUCAACUCCUAGCCAACAUGCAAAGCAGCCCGCGUGUUUAAAUUGUCGGCGCAGCAAGAUCCGCUGUAACCGACCGGAGGGUCAUGAGCGCUGUGAGAAAUGCAGACAAAGCGAUGUUGACUGUAUCGUGCCUAGUCACCACCUCGGCCGUCAGAAGGGUGUAAAGAAUAAACGCAAGGGGCUGGAAAAAGCUAUCCACCAGAUUGAACAAGCCAUCAAGCGGCCCAAGUUUGAUGUUCCAGGCCCUGAUGAUGCUCACAAAGUCAUAUCGGAUUUGCAGGACUUACUCAGUCGGGUUCAAGGCCAACUGGCUAGCGAGUCGGACAGCUUCGCAGAAGCAUCAGAGCGACCGCGGAACCUUCCGUCUCCGCACGACACUCAAGUAGAUGAGAGCUUGGCUCUUGAUGAUGCGGAGAAUCCGUUGCAGCUACUUGCGCGAGCUUCGGAUUUGCAGCUCUCGCCUACAGGACUGCGUCGGGAAUUGAAAGUCCCACCACCGCCACUGCUAGCGCCGCCGACGCUGUCACCGGAUAUCGUCUCUGCGGAUUCCGGAGCGAAAUCAUUCUUCGUCCCGGCGCGGGCCAACUUGGAUGUUGGGCCGGACCUGGAUCCGGUUGAACUUGGACUGGUUACUUUUGACGAAUCCGAGUCUUUAUUUUCUUUCUUUUACCAACAUCUUGCUCAUACACGAUGGGGACUAGAUCCCUUGGUGCACACUGCAUCAUUUGUGCAGGCCCAAUCGGCCUUUCUAUUUACUUCUAUUCUUGCCGCUGCGGCGCUGUUCUUACCAUCUGCCGCGGCUUUAUCAAAGAGACUGGGGAGGCAUUGCAAAUGGCUCGCCAAGCAAGUAAUGGCGCAGCGAUAUAGAUCUGUGGAAAUUGUUCUCGCAUUUAUGGUGAAUGUGCCUUGGAUGGCACCCGAAGAGCGACUGGGCGACGAUGAUACAUGCUCGUAUAUUGCUAUGGCGCUCACCGUGGCGUUGGACCUAUCAUUAAAUAAAAUCGUGACGCCCUCAUCGAGCUUUAGUGGCGACCUUUUGAGCCGACUGGCUCGAGCUGACUGCAUUGAUGCGAAGAGAGCAUUGCAUAUGGAUGGAUUUGGUGACGUUGAUCCCAAUUCCGAAUGGGGACGUCGACUACUGCGAAGGCGAGAGAGAACGUGGAUAGCGUUAUUUGUCGUUGAACGAGGUGUUUGUCUUGCUCGCGGUAGAAGCUACACCGUACCUCCAACGGCACUUCUCGAGAACUGCGAUGUAUGGCACCGUUCGGAUAUUGCAGAUCGACGAGAUGGUCCCAUGAACUCCAUGGCGGUCUUGCGCAGAGAUCUUGAUGAUUUAUUUAGAAAAGUCAAGUCCAGCUGUGAUACCUAUCGGGUUGUCGAUACCGGAUCCGAGGCUGCUCAAUCGAUCAAAUCUACCAUUGAGAACUUUUAUGAGCGCUGGUACAAGACAUGGGUGUUGGCGAUUAGCGAAGGUGGAUCACGUUCCCUCCCACCUUAUGUUGAGAUUCUAGUGACCCAUACUCAGCUUUCAACCUACGGAGGCGUCAUAAACCAUCCUACUGCACCGCUCGAAGUCAAGCGGUUCUUCCGGGCGGCCGGUCUCUCCGCAGCCCUGAAUGUUCUCCGGGCCGCUAUUCAAGGUGAAUCGCGACUUAAGUCCAUGCCCAAUAACACCGUCAUCAUGAUAUCUUUUGCCGCAUGUUCUGCUCUUAGCCUCAGCGUUACGCCUGGCGACAGCCAAUCCAGCUUGGCGCCGAGCGUGCGGACUCUGAUUGAAGAAACUGCCGGGGUUUUGGAGCGAAUCGGAGCAACCCCCAGCCAUAGAAAAGGGGCUUCUGUAUUGUAUGGGCGCUUCCUGCGUGAGCUCAUCCGACGCAGACCCACCAUUUCUCAUGCACCUGCGAGGAGUCUGGAUCAUGAUCCCUUACUUCCACCCCCACUGAGUCAGCGACCUCGAGUCCCCGAGCCUGCCAUCCCAUCAGGGGACUUGUGGACCGAGCCUAUGCAGUUCUCUGCCAUGUCGGACGAUCAGAUUGUUGACGCAGUCAAUCGGGCGGGAAGUGCCUUUGGGGCAUCGAUUCCCGACGUGCCCGUGGAUGAUAUGCUGUGCUGGGAUUGGCUUGAUUUUGCCAACACGGAUUUUGGAUUAUAA